AUGGUUUCCUUUUCGUGCGAGGCCUGUGGAGACAUCUUCACCAAGAAGAAACUCGACCCGCACCGCAACCGCUGUCGAGGUGCUACCUUUACCUGCAUCGACUGUAUGGUACAUUUUCCUGGCACAGAAUAUCGCUGGCACACGGAACAAAAGUAUCAGGGUGCCCUCUAUAAAGAGAAGAAGCCAAAGCAGCAACAACACCAGCAGCGCGUUCCCCCUCUUGCACCACCUCCUCCACCUGCCGCCAUGGCUCAACCAGCAUAUGUUGAAUCAGUCGCCGAGGAGGACAACUGGAAGAAUUACGAGCAACGCAGUGACGAUGAUAGCCGUUCCAUCAACCUUCCGGAAGCGCCUACCCCGCCUUCUGCCGUGGACAUGGGAGGCAACGUGAAUGUCUUUGAUUUCAUGGUCGACAACCCCACGCCAACCGCUUCCAAUGUUUCGCUUCCCCUUCCCGUCCCUACUCAGGUUCCAACAAACGAGGAGAUGUCCCUCGUGCGGUUUGACCCGGAGGCCAACGGCGGCGACAACUUCGAAGACCAUGCCCUCAUUCACCAAGAAAAUGGUGCUGUAGCCUUGAACCAGUUCCAGACACCCGCGCCAAAACAGCCCCGGAGAAAGACCAAGGACAGCGAAAGUAGCGUCAAGAAAGACAAGAAGCGCAAGAGACUACACAUCGAAACCGACCAGGUCAUGAUCGAUGCCCCACCAGUAAUGCACUCCGGGUUGACUGGUGGCUUGAAGGGUCUUAUGAGCAGGUCGUCCGUAUUCCCACCAUCUCCAGACUAUUCUGGAGACAAUAUUGCGACACCAGCAAGUCCUUUGAAGAAGACCAAGUCGUCCAAGCAUCACCACAAGUCCCUUGCGCGCACGACAACCGAGUCUUUGAGCAACGGCCUGAUGGCCAUGAUUGCCGGACCUUCCAAGACGAAGUUGUCCAAGAAGAAGGCCAAGACCAGCUCCAGCUCCAAGGACUCCAAGAAGAAGAGUUCCAGCUCCAGCAGCCCCAAGCGCCUUGAAGGCGGCAAGGAGCCAAAGCUCCUCGAAUACCGACCUGGAUCCAAGGAUAGCAAGGAGGGUGAUGUGGCCAGUGGCCAGAUGGUCAUUUACAAGCCCGCCGCCGACCACUUUUUGAGCCUCGUUACCAAGGGUCCCGAGAGUGAGAAGGGAUGCAGCGUCAACAAGGCACUUAAGAGGUACCACCGUGAGCGCAGCAACUCGGGCGUCAGCCUCAGCAAGUUGAUGGAAGAGAAGGAGUUGUUCAAGACUCUGCGGAUGAAGAGGAAUGACCGGGGAGAGAUUGUGUUGUUUACCAUUUGA